AUGGCUGAUGACAAUCCUGGAGAGGCUUCAUCCGCAAAGCCUCCAGGCAAGCCCGUCAAUUGCAAUGUCUGCAACAAGUCGUUUCCCCACAAAGGCUCACUCAGGCGACAUCGGCAGAGCAAACAUGCUGUCAAGAAAGACGAAGCAGACGCGUCUGAGCCAGGACAAGAUGGCGAAACGGCCAGCACUUUUGAUUGCGCGCUUUGCAAACAGUCAUUUCCGCGUCAAUCUUCGCUGACACAGCAUCAGCGGAGUAAGCAUGGUCCCCCGAAGCCUCAAGCCCCAGAUACUUCUGCCACUCAAACUCAAACUCAAGCUGCGGAGUCCAAGCCGGAAGACUCCCUCGCGAACGACGCAUCUUCUUCUGCCAAACAGGAAAAUGUGAAGCAGGACGACAAGAGUCUGGAAAGUAAGACCACUUGUUCAAUUUGCAACAGGUCUUUCGGUUAUAGAGGUGCCCUGUACCAGCACAAGAGAACCAAGCAUCGUACUGUGAAAACGGAUACCGACACUCCCGUUAAGGGAGAGGACAAGACUCCAGAUGCCGAAGAAAAGACAAUUAAAUGUGAUGUUUGCGACAAGUCGUUCACCAGUCGGAAUUCACUCCGAAGGCAUCUCAAGAGCAAGCACACUUCAGAUAAGAAAGGCAAGGGUCCAGCAAAGGGUUCAGCACAAGAUGGCAAUACAGCUGGCUCCUCAAAGCAAGUGCAUACGACGCUGAAGGAGAGACAUAAUGUUGGAUCUCAAAAGUUCAAGUGCAUAUGUUGCAAUGAGAGCUUUCCUUCUGAGGAUACCCUUAUGAAGCAUCAGGCAGAGCAACGUCAGGAAGCGAUGAGACAGGUCAUAGAGAAUAUGGCGCAGGUUGCCUUUGGUAUGAGAGUAUCAAAUGGACAAGAUGGCUCGGAUGAAGAGGGUGAGGAGCAAGAGCCCAUUGAAGAGACCGCGGCAAAAGAGAAGAAAGCCCCAAACAUGCAUCAAUGCACGCUUUGCGACAAGAGCUUCCGUUUCAAAUCUGCCCUCGUUCAGCAUGGACUCAUCAAGCAUGCAGUGGCAGAUGACACUGUUGCAGAGAGUUCAGGUCAAGGAGCAAGCGCGACGGCUGGAGGCAAGAAAGCAGAAGACGUUGAUGAGGAUGAUGAGGAUAAGCCCUAUUGCCAGACCUGCCAAAAGACAUUCCGCCACGCCAAAGGACUUGCGGAUCAUAAACUCAACAAACAUGGCAUCGUCGAAGCCGAACCCACAGACUCCAAGCAAGGUGUGCCUGAAAACCCAACUUUCAGAUGUAGACCUUGUAACAAGACUUUUCGUCUCGCGACUGCACUUCGUCAGCAUCAGCGUGACAGCCAUCCCGAGAUGCACCGACCGAGAUAUUCAGAGGACGAUAUAAUGAGACAGCUACUGCGAAUGGCAGUUCCACCAUUUGGUCGUGAUGGCGAUGAUGAUGAUGAUGAUGAUGAUUAUGAAGAUGAAGACGAGGAUUAUGAAGACUAUGAAGACGAAGAUGAUUUUUUCUCAUAUCCUGGCCAUGGAGGAUUUGGAAGACACCAGUUUGACUUCCCAGCUGGUAUUCAGCCAGGCGAUAUAUACGACUCCGAUGACCCAGACUAUGGCUAUCCUGGUUUCUCAGAUGACGAUGACGAUGAUUCCGAAUUUGAAAUGGAGAAUGAUAGAGGUCCUCCAACGCUCUGCACACACUGCAACGAGAAUUUCCCGCAGAUGGUACUAGUGGCACAUCAAUGGCAUGUCCACGGUAUCAGCCACCCAGCUGUUGUCGAUGUCCAAGCCAAGAUCGCAAAGGAUGAAUCCUACGGCCCCAAGCGCACCGUCUGCACGGGCUAUCCUAAUGCGAAGGAAUUCCCUUUCUUCUUUGAAAUCAAGUAUUUCCUAAGAGAUUGCCAGUUUAGCUGUGGACAGUCUUUCGAGACUGGCACGGAGCGCAUGAACCAUGAGGUAGAGGCCCAUAAUCGUUGCAUCACAUGCGAGACGUACUUCCAGACCCGGGCCACUCUUGAGAAUCAUCAGGCCAAAUCCAAAGUCGUUGAUACCGUCGUCAGAGAUUUCGACCACUGGCUGGAAUUCGCCGUCCCUGCACAAGUACACCACGAGAAGCAGAAAGCAAAAGCAGCUCGCAAUCCCGGCAAAAACAUCGACUGCAUCACAUGUGAACGCAAGUUCGACAAAGCAUCCACAAUGAUGAAACAUGUCGAGAAUGGGAGAUGUAUUCCUGGCGUGAAUGAGAUGGAUAUAUUUGUCCUCGGACAGAAAUUCGCUGAGGCAGGAGCUCCCUGUACUAGACCGUUCAACUUGUAA